UGGUACAGAUUACAUCGGGCAAGGAUAACAGCCGCACAUGGCGCCCAAGAGAAAGGGAAGAACUAGCUUUGGCAAGUGCGCGUGCCUUGUCAUUAUGUUGACGCUUCUCAUGGAUAAACUUCAGGUCUCGGAAUAAGGUCUGCUGGGCUGUGAUCUCCCUCAAGAUAGUGACAUAGUGACACGGAACGCCUGCUUCAAUAUUGGCCACCACUUCACUGCAAUCCGAAGCAACGCAAACUGAAUCCACAUGCAAGUCCAUUUGUUGUUGUCCAGGCCCAGUCAUCUUCUGAGCCCAUCGCACGUGACGGCCCAGCCUUAUCUUCUCUUGGACCGGCCGUCGUCCUCUACGAGUCCGUCGCCGCUCGGAGUGCCGUGCAGAGGCUGCCGAGGAAGCGACAGCCGAUGAAGGACCCGCGACGGUGGCGGCGGCGGAGCUAUCCCUUCCCUCUCGCGCCUCCUUUCGGCUUAAGUUUGAAACGUAGGCAUCAUGGGGCUGCUGCCGCUCGACGCCUCGACCGCCUCAUGUCCAAUCUCGUGGUAUGGUCCUCUCUCCCUCCGAGCUCCGAUCCCCUUCUCGUCCUCGCCGCUGGGAGACAGAAAGCCUGAGGUACUGAAAUCAUAACUGUCAAACAGAGCGGCAUUCAGUGCCAAAACUUGCAGAGCUACGCCAUAAGAUUUUGUUGCUAAAUGGUGGUUCGUCAAAUAACUUUUGCAUCGAUACGCUGUGCAGACCCCGGGAAAGAUGUUCCAUCGUGUAUUUCAUCAGAGUGUUGCCAGAUCUGGUACUCGUAAAACAUCUUCUCCCUCACCACGUUUCUACUCGUGGUCCUGAACUAACGUUUGAUUUUUAGUCGUAGCCAUUCAAUGUUUGAUUUUUAGUUCCAGCCCAUUCAACGAUGAGGUUGCUUUCACGUUGGAUAUGUGGCUCUGAAAGUAUCCCCACAAAGAAAAGAUGUGGCCCAGGCUUUGGCCACCCGCGAUGUAAAUAUUUUUGCCAAAGAAAAAAGACCACAUCCCAGCACAUCUAUCGUCUGAGCUCAAUCCCCAUCUCGGGCAACCUCCCCUACUGAAUCACCGCCUCCAGCUAUAUAUCUAUGCUCCAGACCGGUCUGAAUCGGCAUCCACGGUGGUCGAUUGACGCCGGCGAAGGCUGCACGGGUGGUCCAGAGGGAUACAUAAGGGAAGUAGCCGACUCUUGUGCUCCAAGAGGAAGCAGGAGACGGCGCAGCGACACCACGGUUCCUCUCCUCGAGAUUUCUUCGUCGUCUCAAGUCCAUGGCCUCCCUGCAUUGAAGAAGCCAAGAACCUGAUGCUGCUGCAUGCAUGCCUAACUUAUCAAGAGUAAUGCUCUUCAUAUCAUGGCAACUAAAUACUGGACUACUAGUAUCACCAGGCAACAACUCUGCUAUCUUCUCUUCAGUUGUUCUCAACGAGUAUAAGUAUCAACCCUCCACAUCCGGAACAGGGCCCUUCUUCGAGCAUAUAUAAGCACAACAAAUGAUCAUGCAGAAUUUGAACAUGCUGAGUUCCAUCGUUUUCCUACUUGUCUUCCCUAUCCUGCCCAUGGUUGUCGCCUACCCCUCCACUGCAGCUCCCUCAAAUCUCUGGAAAAUAUCUAGUAUGCAAACCAGAGUAGCCAUGUCAGGAAAUCCCAGUGCCCUUGUCAUUCUUGAGAGUGUCAGCACCUCAUACCGACUUCUUUUUGGCUUCUACACCAUGGACGGCAAUGCAUUCACUCUCUCUGUCUUGCUCAUGGGAGCCCAGCCUCCGGCCAUCUGGUCUGCUAACCCUGGUGAUCCCGUAAGCCAGGAUGCCAUGUUGAACUUCACCAGCGAUGGGAAUAUGCUGCUCAGCGACGGGGAUGGCACCGUUAUCUGGUCAACAGCCACAAAGAGCAGGUCAGUUGCAGGCUUGCGGCUAGAUGUUUCAGGAAACCUUGUGUUGUUUGAUCAGAAAAAUUCCUCUGUUUGGCAGUCGUUUCACCACCCAACAGAUACAUUGGUCCUGGGACAAUCGCUCUGCAGGGGCAUGAACAUAAGUGUAAAACCCUCCAAAACAAAAUGGCCAUCUGCUCGGAUUUAUCUUUCUGCAGAGUUUGGUGGACUGCAGUAUUCAUCUCAACCAGCAAACUAUUCACAAUCGUUCACUGAAGUUGCUAGCACCAAAUCAGACUGUUAUGCAUUUGUCAAUGGCAGCUUUGGGUUCCCAAAUCAGGUUUUCUGGCUGCCGCAAGCAAGAUCAUUGCAAUACAUGCGGUUAGAGUCCGAUGGACAUUUGAGGCUUUACGAGAUGCAGGGCUACUCUAGCCCGCGGCUUCGGUUUGAUGUAUUAAGCCUAGCCAUGAAAUUUUGUGACUACCCAUUCGCAUGCGGUGAUUAUGGUGUUUGCAGUGAUGGGCAGUGCUCUUGCCCUAGUUUGAGCUACUUUAGGUCAAACAAUGAACGUCAUCCAGAUGCUGGUUGCACACUCUUAACCACCAUCUCCUGCAACCGUGCGCACUACCAUCAGUUGCUACCACUCGGCAACGUUUCUUACUUCAGUGACAACAUGUUCCGGAAAUUGGCCAUUUCAAGUUCCUCAGAAGAGGUCUGCAAGCAAGCUUGCUUAAUAGAUUGUGCUUGCAGAGUUGCCAUUUUCCAGUAUUACGGAUCGAAUCAUUACAGUAAUGGUGGUAACUGCUUGUUGUUAUCAGAGGAAAAACUAAUUUCGCUGGCAGAAGGUUCGUCCGAUGGACUUUCAGCAUACAUCAAGAUACAAGGCACACGAUCAAUCAAAAAAAGGAUCACAGCUAUAGUUUGUUCAGUAAUUGCAGGUUUGUCUGCAUUAGGAAUCUUGUUCUCCGCCAUCAUAUGGAAAAUGUGCAAGAAAGAGGAAGAACAGCUCUUUGAUAGCAUACCCGGGACACCAAAGCGUUUCUCCUUUCACGAGUUGAAGGUAGCUACCAGCAACUUCUCUGUGAAGCUUGGAAGUGGUGGAUUUGGGUCAGUCUUCAAAGGAAAGAUAGGCAGGGAAACAAUCGCAGUCAAACGUUUGGAAAGUGUUCAGCAAGGAACCGAGGAGUUCUUAGCAGAGGUCAUGACAAUUGGGAGAAUGCAUGACCAUAAUCUUGUCAGGUUGAUAGGAUUUUGUGCAGAGAAGUCGCACAGGCUUCUUGUCUACGAGUACCUGUGCAACGGUUCAUUGGAUAAGUGGAUCUUUCAUGCAUGUUCAGUUUUCACUUUGUCAUGGAAAACUAGACGUAACAUCAUAAUUUCCAUAGCCAGAGGUUUGUCCUACCUCCAUGAAGAAUGCAAGGAAAAGAUCGCCCACUUGGACAUAAAGCCACAGAAUAUUCUCCUUGAUGAUAGGUUCAUCGCAAAGCUUUCUGAUUUUGGACUGUCCAAAAUGAUAAACUGGGACCAGAGCAAAAUUAUGACUCGGAUGCGAGGCACCCGUGGAUAUCUAGCUCCCGAAUGGCUUGGCUCAAAAAUCACUGAGAAGGCUGAUAUCUACAGCUUUGGUAUUGUAGUGGUGGAAAUCCUUUGUGGCCGAGAGAAUUUGGACGAAUCGCUGCCCGAGGAAAGCAUUCACCUGAUAAGUCUGCUCGAAGAAAAGGCAAGAUCUGGUCACCUGCUCGACUUAGUGGACAGUGGCAGCAAUGAUAUGCAAUGUCAUAUGGAGGAGGUCAUGGAAGCGAUGAGGCUUGCAAUGUGGUGCUUACAGGUUGACAGCAGCAGAAGGCCCUUGAUGUCAACGGUCGCAAAGGUGUUGGAAGGCGUGACGAGCUUGGAGGCUGCACCUGACUACAGCUUUGUCCCUAGUUUUGCAUCAAAUGGUGCUAGUAGUGCAGGGCCAACUUCUUCCUAUGUGCCAUCGGAAUCACAUUUAUCAGGGCCUAGAUGAAAGCUUACUUCAGCUUUCCAUAUCUGACUAUGAGGAUAGCUUUUGCUGUUUUGCAUCCUUCCAUUCUGCCAGAAAUCUUUUGUAAACAAUUUGGUGCAUCACUAUUCAUGAUUCAUGUAUUUUUACUAUGUAUCUCAAACAAACAUCUUGAGAAAUUAAGGCAAAAGACAGAUGGCAAGAUAUUCUAUUCAU